CACUGAGUCCUGACUAAAUGGGUCUCAGCAGAAAUGUUCUCAAAUGGAGAAUGAGGGACUUUGCUGCCAACUUUUGCUACGUCAGAACCAUGGAGUUCAAUGCAGAGAUGCCCUGGUGCUUUCUUCCUUUCUUCCAGCGCUCCGUGCCACCUCACACGCCUGCUCCCCAGCUCCAUGAUGGCUUCUACGCUCUGGGGCAGCUGGACAAGCAGAACCAGCUCUCCGCUCUUCAGGCUGAAGAUGGCAGCUACAGGAAACCAUGCAGAGGGGCCACGCUGCAGGGGGAGGCAGGAAAUCUGAGCCUGGGCUGUGGGCUCCAAUGGAGCUGGCGGAGGACGGAAGGCCCCCAGCUGCACACAGCUCCCGGUGGGGACAGUGUCAAUAGGCAGGGAAAACCUCUUUCAGAAACGUGGAUGCAGCUCCUCCACCGCUGGCCCCUUGGCUGCAGUGGAACAGAAGUACCAUCACAGUCCCAACACCAUCUGACCUCACUGUGGUUUCUGCAUAGGGUAAGGAGAAGCAGCACUAAAAAACCCAAACCCUGUGAGACUGCACCUUGUGCCCUGUCCCAAGGAGGGAAGCGGCCUUUGCAGCGAGUGUUGAACAAACCUUGUUGCCAGCCAAGCUUCCACCUCUGCUGUGGCUGAGACCCCUCUUGGUUACCCAGACACAUGCAACAGGAGCCACCUGCUUUUAGACACAAAAACCAUUAAAGAGGCAAUAAGGAGACACUAAGGUUCCAAACAGCACGUAUGCACCAAGUCAUCUAAGCCCUUGUAGGGCACUUAAGAUACACAGAAAAUGUAUGGGCUGAACAGACAAGGAGUCAGACCAGAAGGAAAUAGCUGGGGUUUAACCACUAUAGUAAACUGAUGAAGAGCCACAGCAAAAAUUGCUUCUAGAAAGGAUUUAAACACACAGAAAUAGCUGCAGGUCACUCAGACGGGAGAAUGGGUGAGAACUACAUGAAUGAAGGCAGAGAAAACCACUUCAGACAACAGUGAUGAGAAAGGUGCCAGCGUGAGCCAAGCAGAGGUGGUGCAGAGACUGCAUGA